AUGCAUGAAGCGACCAAAGGCAAGGCAAGCCAGUCGACCGUUCGAUUCGAAACGCACAAGAGACGGCAUGCUGAGAUUGAUAAGGGCGGUGAACAGAAUUGCCCCCACAUCAUGUGGGAUCCUGGGGUUGCCGCCCACUCAAGUUGCAGCGUAGGGCAAAACAACCCCUGUGGCCACGCCGAUGGUGGGGAUAUGUCGUCGAUUUGCGCAGUCGAAGAGGACAAAGGGACUAAUCGAGGAAUUUCUGAGGCAAAUAUGGUAAGUGAAACGCGGUUCACCUUCUUGUCUGGUGCGGCUAUCGCUUACAUGGCAAUGGUGACAUAUAAGCCCUUGCCUCCUGAGGUAUUUUGUACCUAUCAUACUGAGUAG